AGAUAAGGUAAAGGGAUAAGAAAAUCUGAAAGAAAUGUGAAAGUAAACAUAAACUGCAACAAAAACCCUACUUUAGUGCUACACCAACAUGAGAAGCAACAACCAUAAUCAGAAACAACAAUAAAAACAUGCUAUUUAUAAUAUAGUUGAACUAAAAUCUUUCAUUCUUCACUCACUUCAAAACUUCCCUUAAUAAUAACAACGAUGUUACUGUGUGAACUACUUUGAUGUUAAUUAUGGCUACUACUACACGUGUUCCUUUUGUUUCUGCUACCACAUUUUUUCCUAACCAAUGCCAUAAAUAUUCAUUGGUGGCAAGGACAAUUAAUUUACCUGUUUCUUCUACAUCAUUAAGGCUUUCUUCUUGUUAUUCUACUUCAUUGGUUUCACUUGCAUUACCAAGGAGUUUUAAGAGAGGUGGAAAUAGAAGAAGUGUUGUUGUUGUUGCUAUGGCUGAGUCUUCAAAGAGUACUGUGCUUGUUACUGGUGCUGGUGGUCGUACAGGACAAAUAGUUUAUAAAAAAUUAAAAGAGAGGCCAAACGAAUACAUCGCAAGAGGGCUAGUUAGAUCAGAAGAAAGCAAGCAGAAAAUUGGUGCUGCGGAUGAUGUUUUUAUUGGUGAUAUCAGAGAUACCGAAAGUCUUGCUCCUGCAAUUCAAGGUAUAGAUGCUCUCAUAAUCCUUACAAGUGGAGUACCACUAAUGAAACCUGGAUUCGAUCCAACUCAAGGAAAAAGACCCGAGUUCUAUUUUGAAGAUGGUGCAUACCCUGAACAGGUUGACUGGAUCGGACAGAAAAAUCAAAUAGAUGCUGCUAAGGCUGCCGGAGUAAAGCAGAUUGUGUUGGUAGGGUCUAUGGGUGGAACAGACCUUAACCAUCCUUUGAACAGUUUGGGUGAUGGGAAUAUAUUGGUUUGGAAAAGAAAGGCUGAACAAUAUCUUGCUGAUUCUGGUAUUCCAUAUACGAUUAUAAGAGCUGGUGGCUUGCAAGACAAGGAGGGAGGUAUCCGUGAACUCGUCAUAGGGAAGGACGAUGAGCUUCUAAAGACUGACAUCAGAACCAUAGCUAGACCUGAUGUUGCAGAAGUCUGUCUUCAGGCACUAAAUUUUGAGGAGGCUCAAUUUAAGGCAUUUGAUUUGGCAUCAAAACCCGAGGGAACAGGUUCACCAACAAAGGACUUUAAGGCUUUAUUUUCCCAGAUCACUACUCGUUUUUGAUUUCAAAUGUCGAUGUCAUUAUCUUAAAAUGCUUGUUAUUUACAUUUGAGAUUGAACCAUAAAACAACUAUUAGUGCUAUCCAAAGCAAAUUUACAUUAUGUUUUGGUAAUUUAGAAAAAGAUUGUAUCUAAAGCAAAUUGUAGACUUUACCAGUUCUGUAAACUUGAGAAACACUCAUGUCUAGUUAUCAGUGCAAUAGUUCAUUAUCAUUUUAAUUGUUUUUAAGCAUUUGUAA